AUGUGCUAUUAUUUAGGAAAUAUUUGGGCAUCCUGCCCUGAUGGCUAUCGUGAGUGUCGCUGCGUGUCUCCUUGCACUUACGGCACCAUAAUGCAUCCUUGUGGAGUGUCUUCCCGCCAGUUCGUCUACAUACAAUCGAUGGCCGAGUGUCCUUGUCCAAACUGCAGGUUUCGGAGCCCAGGUGAUCUGAACGAAGAUUCUGGAUCAAGUGAAACUGAGGCUGGAAGUGAAAGAUGUGAUUGUGCAGAUGGACGAGGUGGAGGUUGUGCAUGUAGAAGUGGGGUUUUUGGGGGUGCAGAACGCAGAGGCGCUGGUCGUAGGGGAGGAACUGAAAGGCGCGGAGUUGGAAAAGGUGGAAUUGGAAGGGGUAGAGGCCGUGCAGGCAGACUCCCGUCCAAUCAAACCAGACACAAUCUAGGAAACUCUGACUGA